GCUCCAAACAGCUGUUUUCUAAAUCACUAUUUUCAUAUUACCAGAUAUGAUUUAGUUGUUAAAUAAUACCCAAAAUGUCCACGGAGCCUUAUAAUGCAAACACAACAGAUUCCGACCUAAAAGGUGAAUGGUCUAUCCGGCCAUGUUCUGCAUAUAAAGAAGAAUACGAUGAUUGUACCAGUAUCAAGGCGCGUUUCCAUCAAUACUUUAUACAUGGCGAAAACAUUGAUUGCUCCCAGUGGAAAACGGAUUACAAUAAUUGUGAACGCUACACGAAUUCCAAUAAGAAGGAUGUAGCAGCUGGUGAAGCAGUAAUUCGUAGUGAAGCUGAACGGCGGCGAAAACGCAUGGAGGCACACUAUGGUAAUACAACGUGGAAUAAGCGAACACAGCCUCCGGAAGACUGGUCUAAGCCAUUACCUGAGUGGUUGGCGAAGAAGUAUGAGAAUACUUAUUUGGAGUUGAAACAAAUGGAAUUGGAUGGACGAAGAACACCUGAAGUGAUUGAAAAAUCAUAUUGUGCGAUAAUGUAGAUCAAAAAGUUUAGACACUACUGAAAUGUUAAUAGGAUAAAAUCAAGACUUAAAAUACAUAAAAUUCCAUUUUUGGAAAAUCGAGUUAACAGAAUUAAAUUAGAGAAUUAGCGCCUAACUGAAAAAUUAAUUGAAUAGAACUCAAAAAACUUGGUAGCUAAUCGGUAAAAUAUUGGCUUUGUAAUUGUGGUUUUAGUGCUUGAUAUAAACAUAGUUUCCGAUAUGUUUUAUCGUACAAGUUAUGUGUGAAUAUGUAGAAGGAAUCAAUUUAAUUCGCUGGGGGAGCUUUAAUCUCAGCUUUCUUACA